AUGCGACCUGAUGGAGUCGACACCUCGAACAUUGUCCGAAGCAAACGUGUCCCCGUGCCAAGCACAAAACUACUCGACAAGGCAAAUGAUGCCGAGCAACUCCCGACCCACCAACGCGCUGUGGUCCAAAAUGCUGGUAUCAGUGUUUCCCCUCCGACUUCCCGAGCAUCAUCACCGCCUCAUGAUCAGUAUCAGGAAGUCAUUGACAUUGACCUCAUGGAUGAUGAGCCUAAAUCGAUCAAUGGAAAAAGCGGGAAAGCUAAAAAGGGUGCAUCUGCCACUAAGCGAAAGGUCGAUGACCAGUCAGACGAGACCGUUGACAGGGAGGGGUUAUUAGCAGAUGUUGUAAUGGACGAGUUGUUAGAAAGUUCUGUACUUCCUGGGAAAGCGCGUUGCGAGGCUCGAAAAGACCUUGAUCACUUUUGGGUCCCGGAUGGCGAUGAUGAGAAGAAGUCCAUCUGCACUCUGUGCCAGAAAAUGUACAACAAAAAUCCGAAAGAGCACCGCAAAUUACAGCUGUCAUUUGUCAAAGACAACACGACAAGACGCCGGCAUCUGGAACGAUUCCACCAGGAGAAGUAUAAUCAGUGGUGCUUGGAUCGUCAGUUCCAAUCAAAGCUCCCAGACAUGUCAGCUGCGCGUCGAAAAGCAGAGAACGAGGCCAAGACCCAAGGCCGUUUGGAUGGACACCUUGCUCCUCGUGUUCGGGAAACGGUGUUCACGCAGGAAAAAUGGACAUCCGCAGCUGUGAAGUGGCUCGUAGCCACAGAUCAGCCGUUGUCCGUUUUCCAAAACGCCUACUUCCAGGCCAUGAUCGAUCUUUCAUCACGCGCCCCACCAGGUUGUGUUGAGAUCCCAUCGCGAAAGGUGGUUUGCGCUGCAAUCAUUGGAAUGUUCAAGGAGGGACUCUUCAAACUUCGUGAUCUAUUCCAGAGUGACCACGUACCUGGAGAGGUGCAUCUGGCUGCCGACUGCUGGCAAGCAGAUAAUGUCGACGCCUACUUCUGCGUGACAGCGUCAUUCAUUGAGAUCCGGGGUUGUGACUGGCUCAAGCGCACUGUCAUCAUUGGUUUUGCACUCUAUCGUGUUGUGCGACGCCUUUGUCUCGAGUCAAAAGUGGGUUUUGUGACGUGCGAUAAUGCGUCCAAUAAUGACACCAUGAUGUCGGAGUUUGCCUUCCACAUCGAGUUCCGGACAGGUCGGAAAUAUAACGGCACUGAGCGACGCCUACGCUGUCUUGCUCACAUCGUCAAUCUGCCAACACAGACAGUGAUCAAGGAGAUCUCAGCCUCCAAAUGCUAUGAUCCUCAUAACCCAGACGCGCACCUCCCUGAUCUUGACGCCACCCUGCGCAAUGUCAUCGGGAUUGUUUGUGCGAUCUGUGUGAAGGAACGUUCGUCGCCUCAGCGGAAAGAAUUGUUCAAGGUGUUGCAGGAGAAGGCCAAGACCAGCGUCGUUUAUCAGCUCAUUCUGGACAUGAUCAUUCGCUGGUCAUCGACACAUGCAAUGCUUCAUUGUGCAUUCACCCUUCGCAAGGCACGUUUUGUUGAUGAGUUUGUCAUGAAACUCGCUCGUGCAGAGAAAAAUUCGGAGCGUUCUGCCAAGUUAAGUAAACUGUCUUUGAAUGCUGGGGAAUGGGAGCGUGUUCGACGAGUCAUCUCUAUCCUCGAAAAUGCCGAUGCGACCCAACAAGCGUUCUUGUCGGACAUGGGUCCGUGCAUGCACCUUGUCAUCCCUGCAUUAGAGAUGUUGCACCGGCAAUGGUUUCGCAAGUGCGAGAAGGAAAAUUAUGCCGAGUUCAAGCCAGCUCUUGAACAGGCUCUCGAGAAACUCGAGGGGUACUACAACAAAGUCACUGAUUCAGCGGUGUACAUUUUCUCCAUGUUGCUCGACCCCAUGCAGAAAUCCGAGUAUUUUUCGCGCCAUUGGGAUCAAGAACUUCAACGCGAAGUACGGGACGCAAGCGAGGAGAUUUUCAGGGUAUAUUGGGAGCUGCAUGGAGGCGCUUCAGCUCAAGAGACACGACCAAAAAAGAAGGCUAAGUAUUCGGGCCUACAGAGCGUCGCGUCGGAUGAUGAAGACAAUUCACCUUCUUCCUCUCACGACAGUCCGUUCAGAAAUACCGACUCGUCUUUGCCGUGGCUCAACGACUUCAAGAACUAUGUGGAAGGUAAAGACAUUGUCCCAGACGGGCAGUCAAUCAUUGAGUGGUGGAGCUACAAUCAUCAACGCUUUCAUCCUGCAUGGCGUUCUCUCGCGCUCACCUACCUCGCAAUCCUGGCAGCGUCCGUAUCGUGUGAACGAGCAUUUUCGUCCAGUGGCAUCACUGUCUCGGAUCGGCGUAACCGGCUCAAGGGGGACAUCGUGGAAGCUCUGCAGUUCAUGAAGUGCAGUCUGCGACAGGAGCUUCUGUUUCGCAAGUUCCCGAGUGCAUCAAACGAGCCGCUGCUAGAUCCGCAGGAGGGACCUGAUAAGGAAAUGGAUGGACUAUGCGUGUGGGAUGAUUUCCUCCCUGACGAGCCGGAUGAGGGCGAGGACGACGAAGAUAUUGUGAUUGAACCGACCCGAGUCGCGACCUGGCCCAACCCGAAACCCGGCCCGACCUACAGCUUCAGGCCAGGUCGGGUAAAAUGGCCUCGACCCGACCCGCCUCGACCCGACCCGACCUGCCCAAGACCCGACCCGACCCGACCUGAACAACACUAA